UUACCAUUCUUUGUGGUAGCAAAUGAGGCAUGGGCUCAUUUUUCCUAUUUGGAGCUCGCGGAUCCAAAUUUUGGAAAACCCGGACCUAUUCACGUCAUCAUUGGCGCAGACUCGUACGGACAAAUUCUUAAACCCGAAUUAUUAAAAAGUAAUUCAUCACCGCUCAUUGCACAAUCAACGUUAUUCGGUUGGGUGAUAUCUGGGCCCGUCACUUCAAAUACUGAUGAUCAUAAUGGAAGAGUCUAUCAUUGUACGAUCGAUCGCGAUCUGCAGGAUCUCUUAGCGAGAUUUUGGAAGCAAGAAGAAAUUCCUGAAUCUAACGCAAAAGGUCUAAGCAAUGAAGAAGAUAAUUGCGAAAAACACUUCCUUUCCACCUUUUCUCGAGAUCAGAGCGGUCGAUAUAUGGUCCGACUUCCGCUUAAAUCUCCUGCAACGUUGCUAGGGGAUUCUUCUUCUACCGUACUUCGGUGCCUAUCUCGACUUAAUCAAAAAUUCGAAAAACAACCCUCGUUUUGUGAAUUAUAUAAGAAUUUCUUGCAAGAAUACCUAACGUUAGGUCACAUGACUCCAGCAGUGGAACCUGAAGUCAGAGAUAAUCCCAUGGUCUACUUACCUCACCAUGGUGUACUGCGUGAUGACAGCCCGACAACCAAAUUGCGGGUAGUGUUCAAUGGAUCAAGUCCUACCAGUAGUGGUGUGUCACUCAACGAUAUCCUAUAUUCAGGAGCGAAAUUACAAUCAGAUUUGUCUGACGUAUUGCUGUGGUUUCGAUCCCAUAAGUAUGUCUUUUCAUCUGAUAUCACUAAAAUGUACCGACAAAUAUUAAUCCACCCUAGCGAUCACAAUCUCCAACGAAUUUUCUGGUACGAUUCCCAGAAUCAGUUAUGCUCAUAUUGCCUAACAACUGUGACUUAUGGAUUAAGCUGUGCACCCUUUUUAGCUCUUCGCGUUAUACAACAACUUAUUAUAGACGAAGGGCAUCGUUUUCCCAAGGCUAUACCCUCGCUAGUUAGGGGACCAUAUGUAGAUGAUAUCUUUGGAGGUGCUGAAUCUAUUGACGAAACGAUGGAAAUAAUCAUUCAGGUAACGCAGCUUUGCAACGCAGGUGGUUUUCCCUUACAGAAAUGGCAUAGCAAUUGUCCUGAUUUGUUAGUUAACAUGUCCACUACUCAAAAAAUAGCACAACUAUACGACCCCUUGGGUUUCAUGGCGCCCAUUGUAAUUAGCGCAAAGAUAUUUAUUCAGAGUCUUUGGUUAAUCAAGAUAGAUUGGGAUACACCAUUACCUUCUAAUCUACAGGAUCGAUGGUAUAGUUGGAAGCAGCAAUUACAGGCUAUUAUCUCCAUCCAAUUACAUGGAUUUUCCGACGCAUCUCAGCUUGCUAUGGCAGCGGUAGUAUAUGUCAGAGUCGAAACGCCUGACUUUGAGAUCAGAGUUAAUAUUGUUUGUGCCAAAACAAAGGUAGCGCCCUUGAAAAAAUUAACUAUCCCACGACUUGAAUUGAAUGCCGCAUUAAUGUUAUCGCGUCUCAUGACCACUGUGCAAACCGCAUUAGCUUUAGAAGACAAGCCAAUUUUUAUGUGGACGGACUCGUCCGUAGUUCUUACGUGGGUUACUUCUCAUCCCGCCAAAUGGAAAGAUUAUGUUCGUAAUCGAGUUUCAACAAUCCAGGAUAUGCUGCCUUCCGCUUCGUGGCAAUUCGUUUCCGGUAAGGAAAACCCUGCAGACUGCGCAACCAGAGGUCUAAGUGCACAAGAUCUUGAACGACACCGCUUCUGGUGGUCCGGUCCGUCUUGGCUUCGUCAGAAGUUGAUCAAUUGGCCCAAGAUAAAAUCCAAUCCCUCUGCUAGCGUAAAUUUGGAAGAAAGUCCCAAUCAGGUACUCGUUACAAUACCUUGCACUAAAAUAGCUCCUUGGAAUCUACUAGAACGCUACUCUUCUUAUACGAAACUUUUACGAAUUACCGCAAUAUGUAAGCGUGCUGCUGAUCGUUUUCGGAGGUUGUCGUCGGAAUCGAUUAUGUUGCCUCUGACUCCACAAGAGUUACUACAAUGUCGUUACUUUUGGAUACGCCAAAUACAAAAAGGUCAUUUUCAUCACGACAUCAAGAUAUUAGAGAGAGGUGGGAGUUUACCGAAGUCAAGCCCCUUGAUUCGGCUUACUCCAUUCAUCGAUGAACUUGGACUUCUUCGUGUUGGCGGGCGACUCCAGCAUGCAAAUUUGAACGCCGAUGCAAAACAUCCAUUUUUGCUUCCAAAACAAUCACCUCUUACAAGAUUAAUUAUUGCUGAUGCCCAUCUCCAAACUCUACACGGUGGCACUCAAAUUACUUUAGCGCAUACCCGUCAACAAUAUUGGAUAUUAGGCGGGAGAAUCCCGGUUCGAUCAUUUAUCCUUAAAUGCGUAACAUGUGCUCGAUACCGUCAGACUCAAGUUAAACAGUUGAUGGGUCAACUGCCCUUGUCAAGGGUUACUCCAUCUCGUCCCUUCUCAACAACCGGAGUGGAUUACGCAGGUCCUAUAACGAUAAAAACGUGGCGAGGGCGAGCCGCGAAAACCUACAAAGGUUAUUUAGCUAUUUUUGUUUGCUUUUCCACCUCCGCUGUUCAUAUCGAAAUUGUCACCGAUUACACUACAGAAGCAUUCAUUGCAGCUUACAAAAGAUUUACAGCUCGUCGAGGAAUCUGUACAACUUUACAAAGUGAUAACGGGACAAACUUUGUCGGCGCUGAUCACGAAUUAAGACGUCGUUUCCAGUCAGCUUCAAAGGAAUUGAAAGAGUUAGCAUCACUCCUAGCUGAUCUUGGGACAGAGUGGCGUUUCAUUCCUGCAGCCGCUCCUCACUUUGGAGGUAAAUGGGAAGCUGCAGUAAAAUCAACUAAAUAUCAUCUUCGUCGUAUGAUAGGUGACUCAAUACUUACCUACGAAGAGCUUUCAACUCUCACCACUCAAAUCGAAGCGAUUUUGAACUCUAGACUUCUCUGUCCAUUGUCUGAAGACGUAGAAGAUUUUUCUGUGCUAACCCCUGGACAUUUUAUCCUUGGCGACGCUCCUAAUGUACUUCCCGAACCAAACCUUAUCGAUCAGCCUAAUUCUCGCCUAACAAGAUGGCAACUUAUUCGUCAAAAGGUGGAGCACUUUUGGAAACGAUGGAAAACUGAAUGCCUCCAACGUUAUCAAGCUAUCCUAAAGUGGCACCAUCCAUCGACUCAACUGAAAAAAGGAUCUUUAGUCUUGAUAGCAGAUGAGCGCUAUCCUCCAGCCAAAUGGCCAUUAGCUCGAAUACAACAAUUGCAUCCUGGCGAAGAUGGAUUGACGAGAGUCGUCACAUUGCGAACGGCCACCUCCACUCUCAAGCGACCUGUCACCAAACUGUUCCUCCUGCCCGUCAAAUAA